AAAUAAAAAAUGAAUGGACGAUUGAGGUUAUGUUUGUUUGUUAUGUUAACAUCGCUUCGCUCAUUGUUCUUUUGAAUGUUAUGAGCUUUUUUAUUUAAUAAUAACACAUUAUUGGAAAGCUAAAUACUUUAACCACAAACCUCGAAUAAUGUUGUGCCCUGAGGUCUCGAAUUUUCCGCCACCUAAAGUAGUUUCUUCCUAUCAAAAGUUUGAUAACUUAGAAAAUGUAGUGGAAAUAUUUAAAAUGAACAAUUUCUAUAAGAGUUUGAUUGUUACGUGUCCUGAUGAGCUCCAGAUACCCAGUCUUAUUGAAGAAUGUGUAUCAGAAGACUGUGAUUACUAUAAGGUUAGCAAUUGUUCACUUGCAGAAUUUGUGGAACCAGUAUUCAUUGAAAAGUUUAUAAAGAACGGGAAACUAUAUUGCUUAUCAGCAGACAGAAAGUGCAUAGUACAGAAUUGUGCUGCCGUAACACCAGAGGGGUUACUGACAAUCCACAUCCUUGAGAACAUAUUUCAAACUAUUGGUUUAGAAGGAUCAAAACGUUCACAUAAUUUUUACGAAGUGACAAUCGACUUAAAGAAUAUAAAGAAUCUGGAUAAACUUAAGCAAAGUUUAGAGAAAUUAGAAACAUUUGAUUUUUACAUUAAUUGGGAACCCAAUAAUGAGAAAAUAUGUCCAUCAUCAGUCGCAAGAUAUUUUUUUGAGAGAAACAUUAGUGUCUCUGUCCAUUUGUUGGAGAAUAAAAAGGUCACACCUGAUAUAGAAGAAAUACCAGCAGUUAAAGAUACAGACCCAGAAGAAAUGGCCGAAUGGGUGGGUAUGCUGGCUCAACAAGCUGACUUAUCACCGAAAGAGACUUACAUAAGCACAUAUAGCCAACCAGAGAGUGACUGUGCAAUGAAAACUAGUCGAAUAUGCCUGCUCAUUACAAAAGGGUUUAUAACACCAACAAUAGUUGCAAAUGUUUGUAGAAAUGUGCAGAGUUAUGUUACAUCAAGAGAGUUGGAGAACUACUGGAUGUCAGUAAGUGUGCAGAGUGAUGAGAACAGUCUUUGGCAGUGGUAUCGGAGCAGCCCACGAAUGUUCCAAGCACAUGACUCUUCUACUAAUGUAUUCUUCACAGAAGACAGUCUAACAGUGUACUCAAUAGGACAAUUAAAGUAUUCAUAGAAAUAGAA